AAUUCCGAAAUCGGGAAGGCCCUGACUGCAGUCGGAAUUUGGGGAAGUCGGAUGAUAGAAUAUAUCCAAUUUUUCAAGGAUUUUUACGAGGCACUAGAGUGGUGCGAAAAUGUGUUGCUGAAAGAACAUUACAGAAGACCAUCUAUUGCAGCCAUAGCAAAUCAACCCUACACAAGCAUGAACCAAACUACUAGACAAACGCCACCAAAGAGUAUAUCAUCUCCACGCAACGACCUUAUCCAAACUGCUGAUAAAACAACACAACAUGAUGAAAAUGCUCGACUUAACAACAAACCAACCUCCAUUUUAAUGGAGACUUUCGAGGAUAACGCUGACAAGGAUGAGAAAUUCUUUAGCAAUUUGGCGUCAUAUUUCCAUAAGGUCAAUGUUCGACCAGGAGAAGUUCUUUGGAAGCAAGGUGACACCCCUGAUUGUCUUUAUCUCGUCGAACGUGGUAUACUUCGUGCACACUGGAGGGCCACGGAAGAUGUUCACGAGAGACCAGUUGAAUGCAUUUUACCUGGUACACUUGCGGGUGAAUUGGGAUUCUUUACGAAGAGGAAAAGAGGGGCGACGCUCUAUGCAGAUAAAGAAUGCAAGGAAUGCGUGUUGUGGCAGAUGAAGACCGAAGAUUAUGAUGAGUUGCUUGAUAAAGAUCCGAAAGUUGCCAACGAUUUUAUUCGUUUGGCCCUAAACUUCUCUGCCGAAAGAUUAAGCGCCAUGACGCA